AUGUUCGCUACCAGAGUCCUCCGCCAGGCUGCUGCCCACGCCGAGCGCGUUCCCAGCAUCAGGUUCCUCGGCCGCCGCACCAUUCCUUCCUCCAUUGACCACACCCCCGCCCCUCACCCGGCCUCGCCCACCGGCAAGCUGCCCGCCAACUUUGGCAAUGGCUCUGCCUCCCCCAAGCACACCAGCUUCAGCUCCUACCGCGAUCACGCCCAGCAGCACGGCCCCCUGCAGCGCUCCAUCAGCUCUGGCGUUGGCGGCGCCUCGGGCCACAGCCUCGGCUCCGUCGUGCCCCCGUCCGGCGUCGCUUUCGACCGCUCCGAGCUGCCCGCUCGCUUCCGCCGCCAGCCCAUCGACAUGGCCGAGAUCGAGGCCGUCGAGUCCGGCGGUGCCGCCCUCUUCGGCUGA